AUGAAUAUAAAGAAAGGAGAAACCAGAACAGAAGAAUUUCUUAAUGAUAUAUCAUUAAAUGGCAAAUUACCAGUUUUAAUUAUACCAAAAGAUUAUCGAAAACGAACACCUUUAUUUCCAUCAUCUUCUUCAAAUCCAAUUCAUAAUGCUAAAAUAAUGCAAUGGUUAUUUUGGGAACAAUUCUCUUUAAUCCCAAAUAUUUUACCAUUACGUUGGUGGGUAACCUAUUUAAAUUUAGGGGAUGAUCCAAAAUAUUUAGAUCAAAUUGUGGAAAAACAAAAAUUGGGAUAUGAAGCUUUAAAUUUGAUGGAAACUCAUUUAAAGGAUAAAGAAUUUUUUGUAGAUGAUAAAUUUACUAUUGCCGAUAUUGCUUUAUACGCUAAUACUCAUAUUU